UUUCUCAAGGUAUAAAUUUCAUUGACCCUCACUUUUCAGCAGCCAAGAACCUCUACAUAUUCCAAAUCUACUGCUCUGCCACCUGGGCAUAUGGUGUGCUUGGAGAAGCAGGCAGCUUUGUGGGAGACAUGGAGGUUAAUAAAUGUGGGUUACAGAAGAGUCCCUGGAACAUGUGCAAGCCCAGCUCCGUGCACACAUUUGUAAAUGUAAGCUAGGCUGGUGACUGUGCAUUUAUACAUGAAGGUAGCUGCUUUUAAGUCUUGGAAACACGUGUAUGAGUGCACACAGGGUGGCUGCUAUCUAUGGAGUGGGGAGUGUGGCAUAUAUGUGACAUGCUUUAAAAUAAUCUUGGGUUUAUCAAGGCCCUUCCAUCUCAGUGCAUGUUGCAGUGCAGGAGACUGACAUUAAAGCCUGAACAGGUGUUAAUCGCUAUGCACUGUAAUAAAUUCUAAACAUAGGGAAAAGGCUUAUUUAUACAUGGCUGCUCCUCCCACCCUGCACUCUCUGCUUGAGCCUUGGUGCUGCCUGAGGGAAAGAGGCGCCUGUGAGGUACCAGAAAUGAGUGCAAGAGCUGGACUUGCCCUGCCAGAGCAGGAGCCGGGGGUGGACCCUGACCCUGUCCCCAUCCUCACACCCGGCUGUGCCAGCCCUGCCCUUGGCCCCCACAAUUUCUUGGGGACGGCUUGGAUAAAUUGCACAGAGCACGGUGGGAGAGACACCAGUGCAUGGCCUGAGUGGGGGCCUGGACUGAGGGGACACUGGAGAGGGAAACCGUGUCAGAGCACCCAAGGUUUCAUUGUUGUUUUUUUUUUUUUUUUAAAUUGCUUAGCCCCCCUAAUUGGAACGAAGCCAGCUGAUACAGAUGGGGUGUUACAAAACAGAGCCAAAAGGCAAGAGCACAAGGAACAGAGCUAUCUAUAACCCUGACAAAGUUAGAUGGAGGGAAGGUGGGGAAGAGGGAAAGGCAGAGCAUGGCAGGCGGCUGCCCCUGAUGCUGAGAGCAAGGACGUGGUCAUUUGGCAACGGGAUUUGGAGCUGAUCGACUGGCUCUAUCCAGCAGGCAGAUAAGGCUCUGUGGCUGUCGGCUUAACUCUGCCGUUUAUUCCAGUGCUGUAGGGAGUUAAAUAGAGCACACGGAAAGCUGCUGCUGGGGAGGGAAAGUCAAGGAGGCAGAGGGAAGGAAGAGGCUGUAAUUGGGCAGUGUCCGGGGAGUCGGGUGGAAGUGGCUGCAGGCAGAACCCCUCCAGUCUCCCCCGCCUCAGGUCCUUCCUUAUCCUUCUCCUCCGAGGCUCGCUCGCUCUUCAGCUCCUGCAGUUGCUGCAGUGGGAAAUCCCCAAGCUGAAGCUGUGCUGCUCUAGCCACCACAUCCAUUUUACCUUAAAACAGACAGGAAGUGCUGGACCUGGCAGGCAGGCUACAAGGUCAUUCCUUCUCCCUCUGGGGCCGUGGGCCAGGCUGCCUGUUGGAUGUGAAGACACGCUGGAGAAGACCACGAUGCUGCCUGCAAGUGCUGGCCACCGGUGGAGGAGCAGGUUCCUCAUGAGGUGGCAGGAGGCUUGUCUGCUUGGCUGCUGGCUCUCACUAUGUGCUGCUGACUCCUUCUUUGCUUGCCCUUCCUCCUGCAAGUGUAACAGUGGCAACCUGGAAGUGGACUGUAGUGGCUUGGGCCUCUCUUCCAUUCCCUCAGACAUCCCCACAAACACCAGGACCUUCCUCUUUCUCAACAACAAACUCAGCAUCCUGCCAGGAGCAGUGUUUUCCAACCUCUCCGCUCUGCAGAGGUUGGAUCUAUCCAACAACUUCUUGGACCAGCUCCCUCAGAACAUCUUCAGCGACCUGGGGAACCUCACAGAGCUCCAGCUGAGGAACAACAGCAUCCGGGCCUUGGACAAGGACCUGCUCCAGCACACGGCCCUGCUGCGCCAGCUGGAUCUCUCCAUCAACGGCUUGGCCCAGAUCCCCUCGGGCAUCUUUGACGACCUGCCUGCUCUCCGCUCCCUCUCCCUCAGGUCCAACCGCCUGCAGAGCCUGGACAGGGUGACCUUUGAGCCUCUAACCAGCCUGCAGCAGCUCCAGGUUGGGGAUAACCCCUGGGAAUGCGACUGCAACCUCCGAGACUUCAAGCACUGGAUGGAGUGGUUCUCCUACCGAGGUGGGAAAAUCGACCAGCUGGCCUGCACCUUGCCCAAGGAGCUGAAAGGGAAGGACAUGCGCAUGGUGCCCAUGGAGAUGUUCAACUACUGCUCCCAGCUGGAUGACGAGAACAGCUCUACAGUGCUGGACAAUACUGGCCCACCUUGCACUAAAGGAAGCCCUGCUCCUUCCAAAUCUAAAUCAGGCCCAGAAACAGAAGUGGAGCCCAGUGUGGGAUGCCCUCAGAAACAGCGGUACAGGCCUGUGAGCGUGCGCCGGGCUAUUGGCACUGUGAUCAUUGCAGGGGUGGUUUGUGGCAUCGUUUGCAUCAUGAUGGUGGUGGCAGCUGCCUAUGGCUGCAUCUAUGCCUCCCUCAUGGCCAAGUACCACAGGGAGCUGAAGAAGAGGCAGCCACUCAUGGGUGACACAGAAGGUGAACAUGAAGAACAAAAACAAAUCUCUUCUGUGGCGUGAAACUGUUCUAGGAAGGAAGGGACAGCGAUGAAAAAAGGUACCUGAGAGCAGUCAAGCAUGGGGUCCUCCCAAAAUACAUCUUCCCAGACAGACUGUGCUAUUGCUCCACUCACCCAAGUAGUACAACAUGCUUCUGGGGGGUCAGGGCACCUGGCUCAAUUUCUUUUCCUCUGCCCCAGGCCCAUUUUGUGCCCUUUCACCCUUGGGCCCCCAGACAAAUAAAGUAGAGUCAGACCUCGAGUGCUUGCUGUGCCUCAUGCCCUUGCACAGAGCUUCCCUCACAUGCCUGCUGCAAAGGCAGCUGGCACCUUCUGGGACCCUGGGUCAUCCUCUCAGCUUCGGUCCUGAGUCAUCCUGUGUCCUGUCAAGAGUUCUCUGCAAACAGAGAGCAGCUGUGGGAAACCUUGUGUGGGGAGCAGGACACCAGAAGUGUCCCCAUCUCACUGUUAGGUCACUGCUGUUGUGUGACACGAAGCUGCUGCCUGCCCUACAAAUCAGUGCUGCCAAGAUUACAUCAGAAGGGAGGCAAGGUCCCUAUGCUAGGGCAACAGUGAGUGGUAGAUUUCCCUUCUCACUUUUAGAGGUGGAAUGAUAUCUGUAUCACCCUAACACACUGCCAGGGAGCACAGUGUCCCUCUGUUUGCUCCUGGCCAAGUCCAAACCUUUGAGCUGACACACACAUCAUCUGCUGCAGGUGCACAGGCACAGAGUCAUCCUCCUGUACACACACACACACACUGACUCAUUCUGAUCCCAACAUUUGCACACAGAGCCAGUCCCAGUUCCAGGCAUCCAGGCACCCCACCUGCACAUGCAGAGCUAUCACUCAUGCCCAUGCUGACCUGCCCUCUGCAUGCAGCCAUGGAUACAUCCAGCCACUUUACUUUAUCCUGAUCAUAGUAGUGUGUAUCACCUUCUGCUUCAGACAAAAAACAUGCACACGCCACUGAGGAGUAACAAAAACAUCUGAGCCAUAGUGCAGAGCCAGUGGGAACUGGCAGAAAAGGAUGGAGAGAGGCAAAGUUAUUGGGAUUUCAGCACCAGUCUGUGGAAAUAAGUACACAGCAUCAAAAAAAAAAAAAAAAAAAGAAGGUGUGUUCUUAUCUAUUUUAUGUCUUCUCAAAUAAAUGGAGAGGGUAAGGAUAUGAAGCCUCCAUUUAGAAAUGUUUGAUUGGCAGAUGAGAAGUGGGUCAUCAGGAAAGACUAGAGGAAGAGGUGGCUUACCAGGAGCAUAAGCUGUGCUGAGUAGUGUGAGCCUAGGGAAGGUGUCAGGGGAAGAAGUCACACAACCCAGGAGCUGCUAUGGCUGGCACGCGGGCCAGCACUGUGUGUGGAACAGGGUGAUGCAGCCAGGGUGACCAAAAAGAGUGGGAAGAGUUAUGGAGGGUCUUGAGGUGACGGCUGGAACCUGGAGCAGUGUGGCACAUGUGGGAGAGCCCAGGAAGGGUCUGGCACAGAAGGCAGCAGAGCCCACAUGCACUCCCUGUACCACCACUGGGGUGUCCAAUGACAGCCACAGCUGCACCUGAGUGUGCCACACACACACAGCUGUGCACACUGCCACUGUCACACAGGGUGACUUCCCCCAACCAGAUUUUAAAGCCCUCAGACUGCAGUGCCUCCUAUUAGUCUUAGCUCAUUCUGACCUGACAAGUUAAAAAAAAAAGUGAGAGGGAAAAAAAAAAGAAAGGAACUCAACAUAAGGACUCAUUUUGUAUCACUGGAAGUGGGAUAAAAUGCUGUCUCCAGGGGAGAGCACACAUUGCCAUGGUAACCUGCUCUAACCCGUCACAGUGGGUAUUCCUGGGCGAGGAAGAUGACACCGGAGGUCGUGUGGAUGUGCCUGUGGAUGGUGUGAUCCCUGCCAUCAGGAAACAAGCUGGCAGCCAGCCCAGCUUUGCAGGGUGUUUCACUAGCAACCUGUGUUCAGAGCCCUGCGUGCUCUGCAGGUGGACCCUGCCAGGGCACAUCACCUCUUCCACCUGCUCCAUCUGAAUCCCAGUGCUGUUGGACAUCUCACAGCCCUCCUGCUCGCUGUGACUGGAUCCCUAUGGAAGCAAUGCACACUGGCUCCUCACUCCUUCUGGUCCCAGAGAGGUGGCUGUACUGACCUGUGGGCUCACAACAUCACUAAUCAAAGCCUGGAGUGGCAAAAUCCCUCCUGGUCUACCCAGAGCCAAGGAGACAGGGUGUUCUGGAUUGUUUUAGUGUGACUUCCCCUCAACACGGGGAUGCAUGGGGCAGAGGAGGAUGUUCUUCAGGGAAGCAGAAGACCAGGCUGUCACGGAGGAAGAACUGGGAGAAGCAGUCAGCCCGCCCACCAGUGUGAGCACACAUUUUCCCCCUGCUUCCAGCACAGUGUGGGGAAGAGGAAGAAAGGAGGGGGGCUGGUGAAAUGUGAGGAGGAAGGACUCUUCCCCCAUGCACUGUACAGCCACUCCAACCAUCCCAUCUGCUCCAAGUGGAGCCCGCUCUGAAGGGCAGAACUGGUGCACUGCAGACUCUGUAUGUGUGUUAUUGCUGUUCCACAUUCCCAGCAAGCCAGGACCACACUCUGCCUGCUGGAUCCAAGCCUCUCCCCAACCUCCCUCUCAGGGGAACCUCUCCCUUUACCAUACUGGACUCCGCAAUCAUACUUGAAAUGGGACUUGAGUCAGAGUGGUAUAUUUAUAGAUCUAUAUUUUACUUGCAUCAAAUAAUGGUGACAUAUUGCACAAAACAAAUGGGAUCUAUAUGUGUGUGUGUGUGUGUGUGUGAUGUGUGUGUGUGCGUGUGUGAGAGAGAGAUAAGGGAGAGACUGUUUUUAAGGGAAUAGACUAGAAGUGAAAUGAAUGGGAAGAAGGUAGGGGACAAUGCAGGGGUUGAAGGUGUGAAAUCCUCCUUUCCCUGCACCUUCCCUGUGACUUCCUCCUGCCCUGACCAAUUUUUCUUUGUUGCUAAUAAUAUUUUCUAUAUCCUGUGUUGUGGGGCUGGUGAUGACCUUGCCCAUCCUUUCCUUUUUUGUUUUAAUUUAUACAGCAGAAAGUCUGGAUUUAUCUCAACCCUAGACAAGGGACUGCUAUGUUUAGAAACCCACCCAGGAAAGGAGAAGACAGGAAAGGGGAGAACUGAGUGUUGCUGGGAAACACGAAGGCUGGCUAGGAGGAGUCCCUCUGGAAAGCAAAUACUCUGUUUGGCAGGAUGAGGACCUGUCCUUGUGCAUGCAGAGCCGAGUAGCUGGGCUCACUGGGAAGUGCCCUCUUCAUGGCACUGUUUGCAAACAGGCUCCUUCUCUGCUCCCCAGCACACCUGGAAAUCAAAGCCUGGUGUGACUGAGCUGCCCACAGGCACUGCAGGGAGCACGGCACCCUGAGCAGGCAGAAACAAAGCUCUGUGGGAUGCUGGAUACACAACGAGACCCAGUGCUCCUUGUGUGCCCAGCCGAGGGGCUCCUCUGCUGUGUGGGGACAGCAGCUCCUGUUGUCCCUGCAGGCGUGGCAGGGAUCCCCCUGGAUGCACCCUCUGCUGCAGGCAGCUGCUCCAGUGACACACGCAGGUGCCUCAGGAAAGGGUUUUCUGGGGCCGACAGGAACAGCCCUCCUGCUCCCCCUGCUCCCCUUCCCCACACAUCCACCUGUGGGACAGGUAGGCACAUCCCUUGCAGGGAACAGAUGGCACUUGUAAUUCCUUUUUCUUUUUUGUUACUGUUUGAGGGAGAGCGAUAAGAUUUUCUAAAAUGAUUGAAUGGAGGUUUCUUUGGCAUGAGACAGAAAAUUUUUAAAGGUAUAUUAUAUUUCUGGCUUGUUGUUACAGAAUAAUAAUAAAGAAUGUAUUUUCCUAUG